AUGACACCCACUUUGGUGAAGCGAGUCAUGAAAUCAUUGUGUACAGCUCAUGGGAUCAGAACUUCUUCCUCUUUGGCAAAGCUUACUGUUGGAACAGACAUACUCUCUAACGCCCCCAAUGCUUCUCUUCAGAAAGCUCGAACGUGGGACGAGGGUCUCGCUUCUAACUUCUUAACCACUCCUCUCAUGGACAUCUUCAAGGUCCCCACCACCUUCUUUUCUACUUCUCUAUGCAAUUCUCAUUUUCAAACCCACCCUUUUCAUCUUUUCGCUCGGUUACUAUUACUAAUGUCCUCUCCCCACCAUGCUUCUGGACAAGAAAAUCGUGAUAUUUGGAUUCCCGGACGCGUACCAACGGGUACAUUGGUUAUCAGAGGCGUCUCUUGCACUUCUUAG